ACAUCCUGUUCUGCAAACAGGGAAGAUACGAAGACCGACCAAAGCUCCAAAAUCCUCAUCAAUGGAGUCUCUAAACCCCACCAUAACUUCCAAACUAUCUUUCCACAAACCCCUUUUCGUCAAACCUUCUCUUUCUCACCGCAACAUCUCCAAAUCCAUAUUCUUCUCUCAUAGUAAGAGACCUUUCUCAUUUACCACCACUUGUAAGCUUAAGAGCCCCCAAGAUAACAGGAAGAGCCAGACUAGCAUAAGCAAGAAGAUUCUGCUCUCCGAAGGCGCUCCGCCGCCGCUCGCGGAGGAGGGCGGAAAUGAGGAAGCUGUUGUGGGGAGUUCUGGGAAUGACAGGAGUGGAGGAGGAGUGAUGGGGAUGGUCAAGAGAUUGCCAAGAAAGGUUUUGGCGAUUUUGUCUAAUCUGCCCCUGGCUAUUGGAGAGAUGUUCACUGUUGCUGCUCUUAUGGCUCUUGGAACCAUCAUUGACCAAGGCGAGGCCCCGGAUUUCUAUUUCCAGAAAUACCCGGAAGAGAAUCCAUUUUUGGGAUUCUUCACUUGGAGAUGGGUUCUCACUCUUGGGUUUGAUCACGUGUAUUCCUCUCCCAUUUUCCUUGGAACUCUUGCUCUGCUUGGUACAUCACUCAUGGCAUGCACUUACACGACACAGAUACCACUUGUCAAAGUUGCUAGAAGAUGGAAUUUUCUGCAUUCUGCGGAGGCCAUCCUCAAGCAGGAAUUUUCUGAUACUCUCCCAAGAGCAUCAGUGCAAGAUUUAGGCGUUAUUCUAAUGGGAUCGGGAUACGAGGUAUUCCUGAAGGGACCGUCCUUAUAUGCAUUCAAGGGGCUCGCUGGUCGGUUUGCUCCUAUUGGAGUACAUUUAGCAAUGCUGCUCAUAAUGGCAGGUGGAACUCUUAGUGCCACAGGGAGCUUCAGAGGUUCAGUCACAGUGCCGCAGGGGCUGAAUUUUGUCGUUGGAGAUGUAUUAGGCCCAACUGGUUUUCUCUCUGCUCCUACCGAAGCUUUUAACACAGAAGUUCAUGUCAACAGAUUCUACAUGGAUUACUAUGAUAGUGGGGAGGUGUCCCAGUUUCACACUGACCUUUCGUUAUACGACCUUAACGGUAAGGAGGUGCUGAGGAAAACAAUAAGUGUAAAUGACCCCUUAAGGUAUGGCGGGAUUACUAUAUACCAGACUGAUUGGAGUUUUUCAGCACUGCAAAUACUUAAGGAUAAUGAAGGGCCAUUUAACUUGGCCAUGGCACCUCUUAAGAUAAAUGGGGACAAGAAGCUUUUUGGGACCUUCUUGCCAAUUGGAGAUGUGAAUUCUCCUAACGUCAAAGGAAUAUCAAUGCUUGCUCGUGAUCUACAAUCCAUCGUCUUGUACGAUCAAGAAGGAAAAUUUGUUGGGAUCCGGCGACCAAACUCUAAACUACCAAUCGAGAUUAAUGGAACUAAUAUUGUUAUUGAAGAUGCAAUAGGAAGCAGUGGCCUUGACUUGAAAACUGACCCGGGAGUGCCAAUUGUAUAUGCUGGAUUUGGUGCUUUGAUGCUCACCACUUGCAUCAGCUAUUUGUCUCAUGCACAGAUAUGGGCCUUUCAAGAUGGAACAGCAGUGGUUGUUGGAGCAAAGACUAAUCGAGCGAAAGCCGAAUUUCCGGACGAGAUGAAUCGCUUGCUCGAUCAGCUUCCAGAAAUAGUUGAAUCGUCUUCUUCCAAGUAAUUCAGUAGCUUAGCACCAAGCUUGGGAGUUAUUUCACAUGCAACAAAAGAGCACUUUCUGUUGGAUACUAGCUACCACAUUCAAGUUUUUGAGGUAAAAACGCAAAGAACGUCAACAAUUCAAUUUGAUUGUGCAGUUCAGCAAUAAGCAAAAGGCACUUUCCCAACUCAUGAAAGCAGAAAUGAGAAGAUUUACGAUUAGUGGUUGAUUUACUUUUCUGAAUGUAUAGGAAAAUUUUGGGUAUUUAUGUCAUGGUUGAUAACAUAUAAUACUUCUUUAUCACCAGCUGUAACCUCACUUACUUCUGUAAUACAAUAAAUAAUACAAAUGUUUUUUAUUUUUAUUUUUAUUUUUUUAGGAA